GUGGUAUGAUCCUUCCUUCUUGUCAACAGAGAUUUUCUGCAGAAACGUCGGGUACUUUUAACAAGAUUUCCUUUCAAUAGAAGAGAAAAGGAGGUCACAAAUAAAAGCCUGGAAAAGAUCAAAACAUCUAGUGGAUCAUAACCGGAGGACGCGGAGGCUUUUAAUUACUCAGCAUUUCCGAGGGAGGAUAAUUAUGUCUCCAUACUUUGGCCUACUGAGUUAGGUUGCCUAGCUAUGGUCUGUUUUAGCGUCCGAAAACAGAUUCUUUAGGAUAGAAAACUCUCCUAUUAUAUGGUAUCAAAUCUUGGCAGCCAAUUUUAUGAUUAUCGAGUGGAAUUAAAAAAGUAGACAGCAUUUGAAAAAGGCAACGGAAGCUCUGGUAGCAAAACUGUGGCCUAAAGUAUCCAUCUGGUCUCGUUUCAUUUUCUGCGAAGGUUAAUUUGAUUAGGAUUUGGAAGCUGUCAUUAUGAGUUUUCUAUUUGGUGGAAAAUCAACUAAAACUUUCAAGCCACGGAAAAGUAUACCUGAAGGCACACAUCAGUAUGAUUUACUGAAGCAUGCAGAGGCAACUCUUGGGUCUGGGAAUUUGCGACUGGCUGUUAUGCUGCCUGAAGGAGAGGAUUUGAAUGAAUGGGUGGCAGUUAACUCUGUUGACUUUUUCAAUCAAAUCAAUAUGCUGUACGGAACAAUCACUGAAUACUGCACUUCAGAGUCCUGUCCUGUUAUGUCUGCAGGACCAAAAUUUGAAUAUCUCUGGGCAGAUGGUACAAAUGUGAAAAAGCCUAUAAAAUGCUCAGCACCAAAGUACAUUGAUUACCUCAUGACCUGGGUACAAGAGCAACUUGAUGACGAAGUUCUUUUCCCAUCAAAAAUCGGUGUUCCUUUUCCAAAGAAUUUUCUUACAAUUGCAAAGACGAUAUUGAAGAGGCUGUUCCGUGUUUAUGCACACAUUUAUCAUCAACAUUUUGGUCAAGUUGUCAAUCUCGGUGAAGAAGCACAUUUAAACACCUCAUUCAAACAUUUCAUAUUCUUUGUGCAAGAGUUUAACUUGAUCGACAAACGGGAGCUUGCUCCUCUACAGGAGCUGAUCGAUAAACUCACUAGUAAGAGUUAGAUUUUUGUAUGUGUUCCAUUUAUUUUUAGGACAGUCAUAUCCUUUGUAUUUUGUGAAUUUGCAAGCGUAGAUAUGCAUAUAAAAAGUCUUAAGUGUCGGAGAAUUACUGUUUUUUAUCAACUUCAAUUGAACCUAUUUUGCUGUAUCUUGUAUGUCAUAAAAGAUCUUAGGUUACCGUACAUUUUCCUGUCUCUUAUUUUACCUCACUCAGUUGACCCCCCCCCCCCCUUUCAGUUGUUAUGCAAGUAAAUCAUUGGAAAACAGAUGAUUUCAAAGUUCGUGAUAUUUUAUGCGAAUGCUGCCUUUUCUUUUGAUCCUUUGUCAAAGGAACUCAUUUCUACCUCUCAACCGUAUUUCAUCAGCUUUUUUCCAGCCAAAAGAGUAAACCUUUCACAAACAAAGAAUUAAUCUUUUUUAGGAUUAUCCUUAAAAAUCCAGAUGUUGGUUCUUGGCCCGCUACCCCCUCCCCCUCAUUAAAGUGUUACUUUCGGUUUUUACUUCCAUCUUUUCUUCAAAAAAUGACUCAUAAAGAGCAACCUUAUUUAGUUGACACACCUCUUCAAUGCUACUUCUUUGUUACCUAGAAUUUGACUUUAUUUAAUCUAUUGUUUGCUUUAUUCAAGUAGAUUCAGCAAAUUUAGAAUUUUUUAGAAAUGCGUCUGUGCCUUCCUCCCUCCUGCAGUUUUCUAAUUAAAAAGCACGUACAAAUCUUUAACCACUUUCCCAGCCCCUCCCUCUUUGUCAAUGUGACUGUUGUCGUAUCUUGAACCAUGAACCAUCCGUCAAUUUUUGGCUAAUUUUCAGUGCAGAUUUUUAUGAACCAUUUUCUAUGGAGCAUUCUUUAAACAGAAUAAUUUUUGUUGACCGUAAACAUAGUUUCCUUCAGAUGAGGACAUGAUUCACAAGUCCAUGUAUCUUAACCUUGAUAUAAUUAUCUUCACUUUUGUGUUAACCCGUGUCUUUUUUAAGCCAAUAAAUAUUAUCGCUGGUUGUGACACAUUGAUUACCGCUCAGUGAUUAACUCGUUUGAUAUGAUGAUUAUAAAUCACAAUUUGAUAUCAUUCAA